UUGUUUGCUUACCAUGUGUAUUAAGCUAAGUAUUUUAUAUUAUUAUCUCAUGAUCUCAUGUGAUAACCUUAUAAAGUGGCUAAUAUCCCGAUUUCUGUAGAUGAAGAAAAUAAAACUGAAUGAUUAACUGAAGCUAAAGUAGAUUGCUCAGAAUUGCACCAGUGGAGCGAGGAUUUGAACCUAGUUCAAAUCCCUGGUAGUAGUCUGACUCCAGACUAGUACUAUAGACAGCUUCUACCAGGUGUCUAUUAUGUCCUUUUUGGAAUAAGUAGGAGAUAUCUCACCUGAUUUUCUAUCAGGUGUUUAAAAAAGGUUGUUUCCUUACUUAAUCUUCAGUGGAUGAAAUUCUGGUUGAAUAUCAUACUGAGAAGUUUGAUAAAAAGAAGUGAAUUUGGAGGAGGCUGUUGGUAGAGGUUUCCUGUGGGGAUGGAUAUAAGUCUGGGGUGUGUGUGUGUGUGUGUGUGUGUGUGUAUGUAUUAGAACACACACACAUUCUUGAAAUGAAAGUAUUAUAAAUUCUUGAAAUAAAGAUUCAAAUAAUAAGCAGAUGGUGUGUAUGUGUGUAUAUGAGGAGUGGAAAAUGUAAAAAUGAAGAUUGUAAGUAAUAAACUGGGCAUUAUAAGAGUCUGGAAAUAUAAAUCAAUUUUAGAAUAAUAAAAUUGGGAUGGAGGAAAGAAUACAGAAUGGAAGAAGGAAAUUAAACCGGAAACUUUAAUAUGGCUAUGGAUGAAAAACCAAAAUAUUUGUGCAGAAUGGAAAGUGAGUUGUUCCACUUAAUAUGGAAGUUGAUGACUUAGGACCAUGGCAGUCUAAAAGUCAGAUAUGUAGCACUAGUUCUGGAUGUAUGAAAAUGACUGCUGGUCUGAAAAUAAUUUUGUUUUCCUUGAUCUCUACUAGCUUUUGGCAGUCAUGAAAGCCACCGAAUGGCUCUUGCAGAUUAUCAGAUAUUCUUUAUGAGACAAAAGUAUAUAUUUUCUUUUCCUCUUUUCUUUAUUCCUAUCCUUCUCUUCCUCUAUCUCUCAUUCCAUUCUCCUCCAUUCCUUCUAAACCUUUGUCUUAGGAUGGACAUAGGCAGAUGUUGCUUAAACCUUUAGUUGAUACCUGAAAAACAAAUAUAGUCUCUUUAUUAAGUACAUUUUUUUCCCCUUAACAAGCAUACUUAUUUGAGUGAAUGCUGUUCUUCAGAGUAGGCAAUCUGCUUUGAAAUCUACUUCUAGAAUGACUGGCAGUUCAGAUUGAGACAUACAAAAAUGAAAAGUUCUUGCCUGGCUUCAUCACUUCACCUCAGUCACCAGAAUCUGAAUAACUUUGGGUGUUUGGAAAAAAUCAGAUCCUCUCUUGGAAAGACAGAGAUUUGCGGCUCUGAAGGUAGUUGCAAAACAGGCAAUUGCUCAAAUCUUUUGUGAAAAUAGGGCAGUGUCUUUGCCAUGUUCUCACCUAAGAUAAGAAUUUAUAUUUUAUUUUUGUGUAUCUGUGAUAGCAUUGGGCUAGCAGCUCCUUGAUGUUCAAGCUCCAGCCUCAUUCGUCCCUGGGGAACAGUGACACACUGCCUUUGGAACAGGAUCAUAAAAGCAGCAGAGUUAGUGGAGUCUACUAUGGCUCAAGAAUCUCCCAAAAAUUCAGCAGCAGAAAUUCCAGUGACCAGUAAUGGAGAAGUUGAUGACUCUCAUGAACAUGGCUUUAAUAGGGAUUUGAAGCACUCAUUACCAUCUGGACUUGGACUCUCAGAAACCCAAAUUACAUCUCAUGGCUUUGACAGUACCAAAGAGGGAGUUGUUGAAGCAGGAGCCUUUCAAGGUUCCCCAGCACUGCCGUUGCCAUCUGUUAUGUCUCCUAGCAGGGUUGCAGCUAGUCGACUGGCUCAUCAAGGAAGUGAUUUAAUUGUUCCUGCAGGUGGCCAGAGAACACAGACAAAAAGUGGACCAGUUAUUCUAGCAGAUGAAAUUAAAAAUCCUGCAAUGGAAAAGUUAGAACUUGUUAGAAAAUGGAGUCUAAACACUUAUAAGUGUACUCGACAAAUUAUCUCUGAGAAGCUAGGCCGUGGCUCAAGAACUGUGGACCUUGAACUUGAAGCUCAAAUUGAUAUAUUAAGGGAUAACAAGAAAAAAUAUGAAAAUAUUUUAAAACUGGCUCAAACAUUGUCGACCCAGCUUUUCCAGAUGGUACAUACCCAAAGGCAACUUGGAGAUGCAUUUGCUGACCUGAGUUUGAAGUCACUAGAACUUCAUGAAGAAUUUGGCUAUAAUGCAAAUACCCAGAAGCUGCUGGCUAAAAAUGGAGAGACUCUUCUUGGGGCCAUUAAUUUUUUCAUUGCUAGUGUGAACACUUUGGUGAAUAAAACAAUUGAAGAUACAUUAAUGACUGUGAAACAGUAUGAAAGUGCCAGGAUUGAAUAUGAUGCAUAUCGCACUGAUUUGGAAGAACUGAAUCUUGGACCACGUGAUGCAAACACUCUGCCAAAGAUUGAGCAGUCACAGCAUCUCUUCCAAGCACAUAAGGAAAAAUAUGAUAAAAUGCGCAAUGAUGUUUCUAUCAAAUUGAAAUUUCUAGAAGAAAAUAAGGUUAAAGUAUUACACAAUCAGCUGGUCCUUUUCCACAAUGCCAUUGCCGCCUACUUUGCUGGGAAUCAGAAGCAGCUUGAACAGACACUUAAACAGUUCCAUAUCAAAUUGAAAACCCCUGGAGUGGAUGCCCCGUCUUGGCUUGAAGAACAGUAAAAUCACACCAGAGAAUAAAAAGAAAGUCGCAUUGUUAUAUUCUAAACAAACUUAACAAGAAUUAAGCAGAGUUGGGGAGAGUGGGAGGGGUGACAGCCAUUGUAGUGAUCUUGCACAAACAGCUUUAAUUUUUCCCUUUUUCAUACUUUAACAAUUGAACUAUUAAAUUUGAUGGGAAGGUGGGUGGUUUUAAUGUAAACAUAGUUUCUAUAAUCUGAACACAAUAAUUUUCCUUUUUGAGAAAUCCUUUUGUAUUGUGAGGGUUGACGGCUAUUUCUAUAGUUUGAAAACAUCUAAUAUAGAUUUGCACUGACAAGAUAAAAAUUCAAGGUUUUUGGUCCUGGAAAUGAGGGCCAAUUGUAACUUUUCCAAAGGGAGGUUUACAUGAUUUGUAUCAACAUCAGAUAUUUUAUAUAUGAAUAUAUUAAACAUCUUUAAGAGAUUCAUUUUCAUGUAUUAAAGAAAAAAGAAACUAUUUUGCAGAGUAAAGUUAUAUGGUGUUCCUGCAGUGUCCACAUAGAGGCAGCAGCUCUGUUGAAUGACUAAUUAGCUUGUGGAGUUGUGGCAAAUACCUUUUUAAAAAUGAAUUUGUACCAUUGUAAUUUUAUUUAGACUAUUUUAAAUAGUCUAAAUAGACUAUUUAAAUAGAGACUUUUAAGCUUCUGAAUUUCUUCACCCAAAGUCAUUGGACAGUUGCAUUUGCAGUUUCUUGUGGUUCGUAACAAAAUCUGCUUAAGGGAAUUUUUUUUUUUUGACAGGUGGACGUGGGAAUGGAAUUCCUUGAUCGUUUCUCAAGUAGAAAUCUGUACUUAGAAAACUAGUUUUUGGAUCGGUUUCAUUUUGAUAGAAGUGAAUACGUAGACAGCUUUUAUUGACUUCCAUAUGUAACAAUACCGUUUAAGCCUUAAAUCACAGAUAACGUGCCUUCUCAGAUACAGUAAUUCUCGUUCAACCAAUGUACAAAAUCCAUAAAGAAGCCCCUGUUGGAUAAUGUUUGAUGUGUCUAUUCCUUCCAUGGAAAGGAGCACUAUGUAUAAAUGUUGGGUUUCUUUGUACUCAUUAAGUCACAUUUGAGGUUUAUGGUAAAAAUCAACUUUUGAGUGUGCUCUUUGGUUUUUCUUCAUUCGUUUUGAGGAAUGGGAAAAUGGAAGGAUUCUUUGAUUUGGGUAAUGAAGAGCUAAUUUGGGACAGUGUGGUUGUACCAGAAAUAAGGAGGGUUGGAAAGGCCAGUACUGUUUUAGUUGCUCAGCACUACUGGUUUUGUGUUAAUGUGGUUGCCCUGUCCACUACAUGGUUCUGUCAGUAAUGUAAUCCAUUUUCAAUGUAAAGCUCUUUUCAUUUUUGUCAUAGACAUAAAUUAAUAUUUUGAGAGGUAUCCCUCGCCUGUUCAUUUCUUCUGUGUUAAAAUGAAGUACUUAAAAUUACCGUUAUACAUGAACUUUGUGGACUGUAAGAUUUGUUAUAUAUGUUCAAAUGCCUUUUAGCUGGCUUUUUAAUUAUAUGCCUGUUUUGAGUGCUUAAUACAAUGUAAUGUGAUUGUAAAUCAUAAACCUAUUUUAAAUCAUUCAUUCCUGUAUAUUUGUACUCAGAGAGCCUUAUUUUAUUCUUCCAGCAGAAUUACUACUUGUGAUAGUUCAUUUACAUUCCCCAGAAUGUGCCUCUGGUGUGAAUUUUGUAUUGUUAUUAAAAGUGUUUGCUGCAGUAAA